UUGGAAAAUUGAAAAUUUAGAGCAUGAUCGGUAAAAUUUGUAAUGUAAGGGAAUAAAUGUUGGUUUUUGCUUACGAGCUUCACCAGCUCUUAAACCAUUGCCAAAGCAGCUCGUUGCAGCGCACAACCAGCUUUCCUGAUUUGAUUUCCGACGCUCUCUCCGGUUCUCCGCGAAUUCUAGGCUCCCUCCGACUUCCUUUUCUGUCUCAGUUUUUCGAUUCGUGUUUUCGCACUGAAGUCUUGCCAGAAGGAAUGUACCAAAUAAAUUUUGGUGAAAUUGUAAGUGAAUUGCAUGAAGGAUUUUCAGAAUCAUCAUUUCUUGCUUCAAACUUUCGUGAGGGUGACAAACCGAGUCAGUUUGUAGCAAUUUUAUGUCAAUAUGAUGUUACUGUCCUGGAUUAUCCGAGACAAUAUGAGGGUUGCUCUCUACUUCCGUUUUCUUUGAUUCAGCAUUUUCUCCGUGUUUGUGAAAGUUGGCUGUCACGCGGGAAUCAUCAGAAUAUCAUUCUUCUUCAUUGGGAGAGGAGAGGCUGGCAACUUUUGGCAUUUCUUUUGGCCAGUUUCUUGAUUUUUAGAAAGUCGCAUACUGGAGAGCGUAAGACACUUAAAGUUGUCAACCGUGAGGCUCCUAAAGGUUUCUUGCAGCUCUUAUCACCUUUAAAUCCACUUCCAUCUCAGCUUCGUUAUCUUCAGUAUGUAGCAAGAAGGAAUAUAGCUCCUGAGUGGCCGCCUCCUGAGCAAGCUCUUUCUUUGGACUGUGUCAUAAUUCAAGCAGUUCCAAGUUUCAAUGUCCAGAAUGGGUGCAGGCCAAUUAUUCGCAUUUUUGGCAGGAAUCUUCAUACCAAAGAUGGGCAGUCAACCCAGAUGCUUUUUUCCAUGUCCAAGAAGGGGAAGACCAUUCGACAUUAUUGCCAGGCAGACUGUGAUGUGGUUAAAAUUGACAUCCAGUGUUUGGUGCAAGGGGAUGUUGUACUGGAGUGUGUACAUUUGGACUUGGAUCCGGAAAGGGAAGUUAUGAUAUUUCGUGUAAUUUUCAACACUGCAUUUAUUCGAUCCAACAUAUUGAUGCUGCAGUCUGAGAACUUGAACGUGCUUUGGGACUCAAAGGAGUGGUAUCCAAUAGGCUUCCGAGCAGAGAUUCAAUUGAAAAAUCUUGCUGAAGAAAUGCAAGCUGUGAGUAAAGGUCUUGAAAAGGUUGAGAAAGAACUUGCUGCUUCCGAGAAUGAUGGUGCCAUUUCUCUGAGUCUUCAGAAGGUGUUGAAGAAUUUCCUUGAUACUGCAGGAGCUGAAAUCAGUUCUCACUUUGCAGUCUGGUCGCCGGUUGGUUACAUUCUUGUGGUAUUUUUUUUACACAGCAGAAAUGCAGAUUUAUUGUCCCAGUACUAUGGGGAGGAUCCAGCCCCAUGCCCUUUUGAGCAUGUGACACAGAUCUUGGUAGUUUUUGUCAAGAUGUUUAAAAAGGCACGGGAGGAGAAUGAAAGGCUGGCUGAUGCUGAGAAAAAGAAGUUGGAGAAGGAAGCCAUGAAAGAAAAGGCAGCAGUUUGGCUCCUCCCCAAACAAGGAUGGUGUUGACAUUGACGAACCAAAGUCUUAUUUCUCAAAUCCAGAAAUGCAAUCGCCAAGCUAACUGUCUGAUAGAAUUACAGUUGGAGAUACCCAAAGACAGGAUUGCUUUAGAGCACCCAUUUCAAGGUCAAAAAACAUAAAUAUAGGCCCUCUUGUGUAUUUCGCCUGCACAGAAUUGAGGCAAUAACGCAACUGUUAUGCCAGCUUCAUGUGGUACGUUCUGUUCUUCCUUUCAAAAGACCCAAUUUUUAUCAAUCCUGGUAAAAAGGUUAAAUGAGGUGCAGAUGUAGGAGAGCUGUACAUAUUUUAGUCAUCAUGGCAGUUGACUACUACAGAGAAUCAAAAAUUUGUAAUUAUUCACGGUGCACUUGAGUCUGGAAAUGUAAUGUGCAGAUUUGACCGGAAAUGGUUUCGUGCACCAUGCUGUUUAUUGUUCAACAUGAUUCAAAAAUGAACGCUUGAACAAAUUAUAUGGAUGCUUGACUGGAAAUGGUCUCAUUUACAUGUUUUCAGUUUAAAGUUUUGAACAAAUGGUCUCAUGUAACAUGCCGUUUCUUGACUGAUUCAGGUAAUUAUGGGCUGCAAAUGAAUUCUUA